GCGUCGACGGUCAGAUUUUUCAUUCUUGGUCGUCAGUUCAUUUCGGGUGUUUGUUAUGGUUGGUUGGGGUAUCGCAGUUUGGUGUACGGUAGCAGAGGAGCCUUCAGAGCCCUAGAGAUUCGUGCCGGAGAGGAAGAGUAAGGAUUAACUGCUAUAGAAGUGUAAUCCCCAAGGUUGGGGGCUUAUGUUGAAGUUAUAGGGACCGUUAGAGUCACUCGAAACUGCUGGAUGUCAUCCUACGUUGCGGGUUGCAGUGCACGAGAUCAGUGACGAGCGAACUGGGCUACGGUUAAGCUACGCCAAUCGUCAGUUCAAAGAUCGCGAAAUUUGCAAUAAAUAAUCGCACCAGUACACGGGCAAGCUUGCAAUUAAAUCGUACCGUACGGAUAUGGUCUGAGGGCAGUACUCGGUCGAAGAGCAGCUGAACGGGUGGAUAUGUGGCUAGUUCUAGCUGCCAUUUACUGACGAGCGGCAGUGGUGUGUUCAUUUUUCGCGAAUUUUUGACAGCUGCACGUACAUGUACAUAAAAACGGCCCUCAAAACCAGAGCAGAAUAAAAGGCGAGAGUGUGAUGAGCGUGAAGUUCAUGGAAAAGUUAUAGAGCGCAGGGAUGUCUGUCAGAAAGUAAUAGAAGGGGAGAGUGUGGGGCCAAUAAAAAUAAUAUACCGUGCCUGAAAAUAAGAAGAGAGUGUACAUCUGUGUUGUGGAAAUCGCCGCGAUAAGAAACGCGUCAAGUGUCUGUCCAGGUUUGUUUACAGUUUUUUUUGCGCCUCUGUCUUUCCUAACCAGAGAAUUGCUACGAGCCGAGUUGUGUCUUCUGGACGGGAAUAGUCCCUAGGCCUAACGGAGUGUCACAUGAGAUUGUUUCUGCUGAAAACGCAAGGUGUUAUUUUGCGAUAGCAAUUAAAGGGCCCAAGGAAACAAGGUCGCGGUGUAAAUUUCGUUUGCCUGUGUAGCAAGCCUACUGCAUGAGGAAAGUGAGAAACAUCAAAACGAAAGUUGACAGUUUGUAAAUAAGUUUCUCUAAUUAGUUCAAGUGUUUUUUUGCGAAAAUAUGAAAUAUUCGUGAGAAGGAAUUACGUGUAUAGCAUAUACCAAUUUCAAAGGGUUGCGCAAUUAAAAGUUUCCAUAACAUCGGUCUGAAAGAGAUGUCUAGCUCACGUGGAUUACGCUUCUGCCAGAAAAUGCUACCAUUAGCGGUGUGGAGCACAUUUGCACUUUCCGCGAUGCUGCUGGGGCCAGGUCCAGUGGCGGCUAAAAGUGUCGAUCAGCAGGAAUUGCUGAGUUGCGAGCACGCUAGUAAUUUCUUCUCGUCGAUCAACGUCACAAUCAAGCCAGCUAAUAAAAAUGAAGGCAAUGUUUGUGGCGGACCCUGCUGUGAUAGCCAAGUGGAAAGUCAGCUUGAAGCGAAAGCGACGAAAAACUUCGAAAGACUAGUCAAACACCACACCCGCAGCCAGCGGGGCCACUGGGAGCAGACAGUGGAUCUCUACCGAGAUUACCUGCUGCAGCUCUCCCGACAGUCCGAGAACAAAACUUUGAGUCUGUUCUCGACGGUAUACCGUAAGAUGUCCCCCCUAUCGCGGGAGCCGAUUCUGGAGCUGUACGAAACUAUCCGGAAUCAUCUAACGUCGGCAUCGUUCACCGACGACCUUGGUCUAGUCACAGACAAAUUCUUCCGGAAUCUUUUCCCGGUGGCGUAUCACCACGCAGUGGUCCACGCCGAUAAAGAUGUAGACUUUCACAAUGACUACAAGAACUGUCUUAUUCACACGUACGAUGAUCUGAAACCAUUCGGAGAUAUUCCACAGCAGCUGGCAAACUCACUGGUGACUAGCGUAGGUGCUGCCAGUGUUCUACUUCGAGUACUGCGAGAGGGUUCGGAGGUGCUCAACAAACUUGACGAGCUGGGUACGGAAAACCUACAAGAAACCUGCAAAAUAGCUCUAUUGAGGAUGAACUAUUGUGCGAGCUGUAAAAGGUACAACCACAACCACGCGAAACCGUGCGCUGGAUUAUGCAAGAAUGUUAUGAGGGGUUGCUUGAUGCAGUACGUUGGCGUUCUAAACCAGGAUUGGUACACUUUCACGGAAGCCAUCGUCCCGCUAAUAAAUGCCGUUCGUUCGAACGAAGGCAUCGAAGCAGAAAUAAAAGGCAUGGAUGGAAAACUAUCCAGUGCCAUAAUGCACGCCAUGGAGAAUGGACCGCAGCUUGAAGUGAAGGUCAAAAAAGGCUGCGGAACGCCUUCGCUUAUGCAGAACGAUCAUCUGGGCGGCACGUACGAGCAACCAUUGCAGCCGGCUAUGCACAGCAACAAGUGGAUACUGGCCCCCAUCAACGAGAUGCUCCAGUUCGAAAUGACGAUCGACAAAAACAAGGAUCUGUUCCUGCAACUGUCGUCAACCCUAUGUGACGAUGAAGACUACCACAACAACGACGAGGACUGCUGGACCGGAACUCACUACGGGGACUACACGCACGAGGUAGUAUCCACCACGUCCCAGAAGUACAACCCGGAGGUACCAUAUAGUAGCACUGCCGAGCAGUUCCCUCGGGACAGCCGAUUGCAGAUGCUGAUCGACAAGCUGAUUAAUUUAAAAAAUGCGGCAACCAAAGCGAUCUCCAGUAAUGCGUUCAAGAGCGAUUCCGAUAAGAUGCUGUCCGAUAUGGCAGAAGGCUCCGGAGAUCACUAUCGAGACUACGAUUCGGCUGAAGAAGAAGAAUAUGGAGAAAACGGAUCUGGUUCAGGAGAAGGUCCUAAUGCGCGGGGUGGUGGUUUUGGAAUUAUCAAUGUUCAAACCGGAAGCAACUUUACACCACCAGCUGGUGUAGGGCAUUCGAGCCGAAUCUCCAUUUCCUAUGUGCUCACGUGUACAGCAAUACUGUUGGCCAGUUUGAUCAACCGUUGCAGACACUAGACCCAGGUCCGGUAGUAGCAGGCGAACAAUCAGAAGGAUAAACGCAGCUUCUACGUACUCGUUAUCUUCGUCUCGUCUCAUUAUUGCUUCAUUCAGGAAACUCGCGAAACGAAUUCACGCACACGGCGGCUUCACGUGUUUGUGUAAAUGUUUUGUGUGACUGCGAGUGUGUCUGCGUGUGAUAACGCGUGAAAGUCAAAUCGUAGGACUGUAAAGUUAUUAGAAGUACUAGGAUAUAACAAAUCUAUGCGUAGCAAUGUAAAUCAAUUGUACACGUGUCCGGCCUCCCGUGUCGUGCUGAACGAUCCCUUGUUAAACCUUGAGAGAAUACCUGUCUGAACGUGGUAUUUUCGGAACGUCUUUGUAUCUUUGUAACUAUCCAAAAGUGAUAGGAGCCAUAAAUCCUCUGCAGAUUUCAGCCUUUCGUACAUUGCUGCUCCAUAAGCUCAAGCAAUAUGUUGAUACUCUUUGUUUUACUCAAACAUUCAUGGGAAACAUGUAUACUAAAGCAGCUUGCGUUUUUUAAUUGUUUUGCUUCGAUUGGUUCGUAAAGUCAAAAUUGUGAAAGUGUACAAAUUUUACCAAGAAAAAAAAGCAAUCUAAUCUCAUUUACCGUUUUGCAGAAGCUUUAUAUUUUAUUAAUUUUAUUACCAACCUCUUUAGAGUUACGAUCAGGUAUCGCAUUCAGAACCAAGUCGCCAUAUUUAAUUAAACAUUAUACAAUUUUUUAGUUAGGUGCUCGCACACAAAAAUAUGAAAAUACAAUAAAACACACAGCUUGACAGUCGCAUGCCAGAUGAUGUAUACUCCUUUUUAGAUACAAACAUAUUUUGCUUCAUACCUGCAUAAUAGUUUAUCAAUAAUUAUUUCAUUAAACUGUGGGAAUUAAAAGCAAAACAAAUUAUCGCUAAAGUCUGUCUUCUUCUAUCCUUCAAUAAAAAGAAAUGGUUUAAGAUACGGUAGUUAGAACUUUUAAAUUAAACAAAAAACCCUUAUUUUUCAAUGUUAGUUUGAAUAACUGUAAAUAAGUAACGUUAAGAAAUAACAAAACUAAUGGAAACCAUUUAUUGCUAGUUAACAAGAUCUUGUAAAAACUGAUGAACCGCAACGGUGAAAACAAACAAAUUAAUUACACGAAAAUCAAACGCUGAUGUCGACGUGAGAGUAUUAGAAUUUUCAUCCAUCUUCAAGAAGUUUAGAAACAAUUAGCUUUCGUUAAUCCUAUUUCGACUGUUUCUACUUACCAGAAUCAAAUUUUGUAUAUAAAUCAUUCUGAGAACCUACUGCUAGAUGUACGUUUGUAGCAAGUCGCACAGCGACAGUCAGUUGACUCAAACAUUUCAUUGUGGCAUCGUUCACCAAUUGCGUCACGCUUAGACAGAGGUGGCUUAAAAGGUAAACGGCAUCUUUAUAGUCGUUAAUAGCGUUCUCGUUUUAUUUUUUGCAGUAGUACUACACCACUGUAACACCGCACGUAAUCGCUCAAACUCGGACGUAACAAGUCUGUCUCCUCUUCUCACUACAAUGGUGUAGCACCACUGCGAAAACAAAAAUCAAAUAAGAGAAUGAGAAAAGAAGUUGUGGUUUAUUUUAGCCUGACGUAAGAAAUGGAUGAUCUCUAACAGAAUGAAACUCAUCUCAGUAAAAAAAUCGCAGUGGCAAAAUAUUCGCUAGAGAUAUUUUGAUUUCACAAACAAGGCAUGGUAAUACUCAACCCGCGGUUAAAGAUGCUCCGUACUUCGCCCAGGGGCUAUGAGACUGUCGUGCAAAGCUAACAUUCAAAUCAAAUGACUUUCUAUUCAGUUAUAGAUUUAAUAUGUUCGGCUGUCCUUCGAACAGUGAGCAGCAAAUAUUAAAACAGCAACCUAACACCCCUCAACGAAACAGAGAAAUCACUACUUACGUACUAUACUGACUUUCCAAUUUGCCUAGAACAAGGAAAUAAUUAUUGUUUGACUCAGCUAAUAAUUGUUCUUAUUUCCUCGAUAAUCAUAUAUAAAGAUUUAACAAAAAAUUGGCAAUUGUUUAUAUAUUUCAUAUUGUUCUGGUAGCGAUUAAAAGCCAACCGUGCGCGGGAACCGAACCAAGAAUUGGGAGUGCGAAGCGCAGCGAAAGAAUUAACAAAAAAAAAGAAUGUGUUUGAACUAUCUGUGAUUGAGCUAAGGAAAAAAGCAGUUUAUAAGGUUUAAAAAAAAGCGUGGCGUCAUACGAAUGUUUCAGAAAAUGCAAGCAUCGCCAACAGAGGAUAAGACGAUACCUAAUUUAUUGUUAUAAAAAACACAUGUUGUUUGACCGCAGAAAUCUAAAAAUCAUUUGGACAACCAAUACAAGCUAAACCGUAUAAUCUUUCGAGAUGUUCGAGCAUGCGUGAAAGUUGGUUGUUGGUUUUUGUCUUUUGUUUGAACUAGAUCGACUCAACUUGUGGCCCAAUUUGUUCGGUAUUUGGCUUCCAGUGAUAAAAUUUAGGCUUAGGUGUUGAUUUUCCAAAUUUGUUUCAAAAUUUGGCCCAUUGAAGCGAUCCCUCAAACGGAAGAGAAAACUGCACCGCAUCGACCGCAUGCCGUUAGGGUUACUC